UGAUUGGUCAGUUGAUAAAAACUCCGGAGGUCAAAUUUGACACAUUCAUUUGAAAGCUUUAACAGUUUUUAAAGUAAAAAACCAUGGCCCCGUACAAAAUUGUGAUGGUUCGUCAUGGCGAGUCCGAAUGGAACGAAAAGAAUCUGUUUUGUGGGUGGUACGAUGCAAAUCUCAGCGAAAAAGGCAAACAGGAAGCUGUCAGCGCCGGAAAAGCCCUCAAAGACGCCGGUUACAAAUUCGACAUUGCCUACACAUCAGUAUUAACACGCGCCCAAAAUACCCUCCAAUCAAUUUUGAAGGAAAUUGGGCAAACAGACCUGCCAGUGGUGAAGACCUGGCGGCUGAACGAGCGCCAUUAUGGGGGCCUGACCGGGCUAAACAAGGCCGAAACGGCCGCCAAAUACGGCGAUGAGCAGGUGGCUAUUUGGCGGCGCAGCUUCGACGUUCCGCCCCCAGCCAUGGAACCGGACCACCCCUACUACGAAAACAUCGUCAAGGACCCCCGCUACAAGGACGGACCGGCCCCUGAUCAGUUCCCGAAAUAUGAGUCACUCAAGCUCACAAUUGAGCGCACUCUUCCCUUCUGGAACGACACAAUCGUUCCCGAAAUUAAAGCCGGCAAACAAAUCCUCAUUGCCGCCCAUGGGAACAGUCUGCGUGGCAUCGUCAAACAUUUGGAUCAAAUGAGUGACGAGCAAAUUAUGAAACUGAACCUUCCCACUGGCAUACCAUUUGUCUACAUCUUGGAUGAGAACCUCAAACCCACAGCUAAUGGCAGUCUUCAGUUCUUGGGGGAUCCAGAAACAGUUAAAAAGGCCAUGGAAGCGGUGGCCAACCAAGGCAAAGCCAAGUAAACGCCGGUUUACUGAUAUCGCUAUUUAUUCAGUGUCAGUGUGUAAUAUGUACGAAAAAAUGGAAAUAAAAGUCGUCUGAGAUGUUUUAUUAUGGCAAUUGUGAAUGUUCAAGCUUCUUCAAAAAAAUAUUAAUUUAACUAUAUUUAAAUAAAGAAAAAUAAAAAACAA